ACAACAGAAAUAAGCCUGGCGAAACCCUGAAAAUUAAAUAUUUAAUAAUUUAACCUUGAAUUGAAUUAUCUGAAAAAAAUAAAUUGUGGAUAAUUAAAACUUUCCGGCCAUUCCUUUUCGAAUCAGCUCAGCAGUAAAGUGUAAGAAGAAUGUCGACCGUCGGCCAAGUGAUCAAAUGUAAAGCUGCAGUAGCCUGGGGUCCAAAAGAGGACCUAAAGUUCGAGACUAUCGAAGUAGCUCCCCCAAGAGCCCACGAAGUGAGAAUUAAAAUUUUGUACACUGCCGUAUGCCAUACAGAUGCUUACACUUUAAGUGGGGCUGAUCCAGAAGGAAUUUUCCCAGUGGUCUUGGGACAUGAGGGGGCUGGAAUUGUUGAGAGUGUUGGAGAGGGAGUCACCAGUGUUCAACCAGGUGACCAUGUAAUCCCCCUCUACGUUCCUCAAUGCAAAGAAUGCAAAUUCUGCAAAUCUCCAAAAACCAAUUUGUGUCAAAAAAUCAGAGUAACCCAAGGGAAGGGAGUUAUGCCUGAUGGUACCUCCAGGUUCACCUGCAAUGGCAAAACGGUCUACCACUUCAUGGGCACUUCUACCUUUAGCGAAUAUACUGUUGUCGCUGAUAUAUCUGUUUGUAAGGUAAAUCCUCAAGCACCUUUAGACAAGGUAUGCCUUCUGGGUUGUGGCGUUCCAACAGGUUACGGGGCGGCCCUUAAUACCGCCAAGGUGGAAAAAGGAAGCACCUGCGCCGUCUGGGGACUCGGGGCUGUCGGAUUUGCUGUUGGUCUCGGCUGUCAACUAGCUGGAGCAUCUAGAAUUAUCGGAGUCGAUAUUAACCCCGCUAAGUUUGAAACAGCUAAAAAAUUCGGUUUUACCGAGUUUAUCAACCCAAAAGACUACGAAAAGCCGACCCAAGAUGUUCUGGUAGAGCUAACAGACGGCGGUCUCGAUUUCACCUUUGAAUGUGUAGGAAACGUGCACACCAUGAGACAAGCACUGGAGGCGUGCCAUAAGGGAUGGGGUGUAUCCACCAUCGUGGGCGUGGCUGGUGCAGGACAAGAAAUUAGUACCAGGCCCUUCCAGCUGGUGACUGGCAGAGUGUGGAAGGGAACUGCAUUUGGAGGAUGGAAAAGUAUUGACAGUGUACCAAAACUAGUUGAGGAUUAUUUGUCUAAAAAAGUGAAACUAGAUGAGUUUAUCUCUCAUACUUUGCCAUGGGAUAAAAUUAAUGAGGCCUUCCAUCUUAUGCACACUGGAGAGAGUAUCCGUACAGUACUGACUAUUAACACUCAGUAAUGGGACCAAAAGUUAAGCGAAGUUGUCCAAAGAUUAACAACAAUAAAGAAGUUAACUAAAAAAAGGUGCUGUAUUAAAAAAAAUACAUAAAAUCUAGAAUACUGUAAGCUCAACCAAAAAAAAAUAUGGUUUAGACAUCAUUUUAGUAAAAACUAAUAUAUUAUUGUUCUGUUUUUUUUUAAAAUACACAUCUUAUGCAUUGAAA